AUGUUUUUAUGUUUAUCAAAACAAAAGGUUAUCUGUAGGAUUCAUGUGUUUGAUGCAACUGAAGGUUCGGCCAAGUAGAAGUCUGAAGAAAGUAUCCCUUCUUGGGCUAGAACCUAUUCAGACAAGCCCCCUCCUUGGGCUCGAGAUGAAGGGAAGGACAACACAAAAUUAAGACGGCGCAACUUUUUCCUCUUCAUGCUGCAGGUAGGUUCCAUUUUUGAGUACGUCAACCAAAGGCCAGUUUUUGGAGUUUUAAACUCAGACGACAUUUUCUAUGCACCCUUGCUUGGUUUCUUUGCAUUUACUGGCAUCCCCACUUCUGUGAGCAUUCUUUGGUUCAAAUCUAUUCAAGCUGCUAACAAGGAAGGUGAGAAACAAGAUAGGACGGAUCUGUAAAGUCAAAUGACAUAAGUUGCCAUUGCCACUGUUAUUGUUCAUCAUCUAGAAUUAUUCU